AUGAAGAUUCCUACCACCCAAGUUGCCGCAUGGCUAGAGAAGCCACAUCCCGAAGCUACGCUUUUGAUCAGAAACGACAUUGAAGUACCCCAGCCUCGAGCGGGUGAGAUUCUGGUUAAUCUGCUGUACACGGGGUUUUGCCAUUCAGAUAUCCACUACAUCCAUGGAGAUCUCCCAAGCACGACAGAUAUCCCUGGCCACGAAGGAGUAGGACGCGUGGUGAAAGGUAGCUGCAUUCUCAUAUUGAACUUCUCCGAACCGAUGCCUUAUAUAACUGAUGUAGAAUUCGUGACCUUACCCGCUGAAUUUGCAACUGUUAUCCCCGAAGGCCUUGAGAUAGAAGCAACGGCACCUUUGUUGUGUGCUGGUGUCACGAUGUUUGGGGCCUUGAGGAAGCUGGAAAAGUACUGUCAGAGGAACGACUGGGUUGUUAUCUUGGGAGCUGGGGGUGGCCUGGGCCAUUUGUAA